AAGCAAGAUUAUAUUUCACUUGAACGAAGCUGCUGGAGAUGGGAAGCUGGCUGACGUGUCUGGUUUUUUGCUGUUUUUACGUUGCAUUUAUUGGUGAAAAGAGCUUUUUUGUGAUAUGUGAAGACUUAGAAAUAAAAGCUGCUGUCGAAAAUGACUUCAAAUAUGCAGAACCUACGGUUAUGAUAGCGAUUCUGGUCAGAAACAAAGCUCAUGUUUUACCAUGGUUCUUUGGACACUUAGAAAAUCUUAAUUAUCCCAAGAACAGAGUAAGCAUUUGGAUAAGAAGUGACCACAAUGAAGAUGACACACCACGGAUUCUUACUGAGUGGACAGAGGUUUAUAAAGAUAUCUACCACAGUAUUGAUAUAGAGAUUGACAGAAGUACAGAGGAAUAUGAUGAUGCUGAAGGUCCCUUGCACUGGUCAGAGGAGAGGUUUGACAGAGUUAUUUCCCUUCGAGAAGAGGCUCUACAGUCAGCAAGAAAAGUUUGGGCCGACUAUCUGUUUAUGCUGGAUGCAGAUGUGAUACUAGAAAAUCCUGACACAUUAACUCUUCUUAUUGAUGCCAAACAACCCAUUGUGGCUCCUAUGUUGAAUGCCAGUGUUGGAGAUACAUAUUCUAACUUCUGGGGAGCGAUGGAUGAAUCAGGUUAUUAUAAGAGAGCCCCUGGUUAUUUUGAUGUUCUGGAGAGGAAAAAGCUGGGUGUAUUCCAAGUGCCAAUGGUACACAGUGCUGUAUUGAUUGACAUGCACCUCCUGGUGUCAGAUAAAUUUACAUACAACAAACCUCCAGGUUACGAGGGUCCUCAUAAUGACAUCAUCAUCUUUGGUCUCAAUGUGAGAGAUGCAGGAAUGGUCAUGCAUAUUAUGAAUUCUGAGUAUUUUGGAAUUGUUAUGGUACCUUUGGAGAAACACAACACUCUGGAGCAAGAAAGUGAACACUUUGACUACAUUAGAUUGAUGGCAAUAGAUGCAAACUUUGUUGACGAGAUGAAAAUAGGCAGACAGUUUCCAGUUGAUAGAGCAGAGCUUAUAAAGUCACGGUUUAUUAAAGUAUCCGACCCCAUUCCUACAAAACUAGGAUUUGAUCAGAUCUACUUGAUAAACUUGGUACGACGACCCAUUAGACGAGAGAGAAUGCAUAACGCAUUUAAAAUCCUUGGUAUUGAGGCCAGAACUAUGGAUGCUGUGGAUGGAAAGCAACUCAACACUACAUAUUUGAAAAAACUUGAUAUUGAAAUGAUGGAGGGUUAUGCAGAUCCAUAUCAUGACAGACCAUUGACCAUGGGAGAAAUUGGUUGUUUUUUGAGUCACUAUUUUAUAUGGGAAGAUGUUGUUAAAAACGGUUUCAAGCAGUCUAUCAUAUUUGAGGAUGAUGUCCGAUUCCGUCCCUAUUUCAAAUCCAAACUGACCAGACUUGUGGAUGAAGUGGCAAAAACUGUAAAGGACUGGGACCUCAUAUACCUUGGGAGGAAACGUCUCCACAAGGAGGAUGAGAAGCUAGUGGAUGGGGCGUCUUAUUUGGUGUGGCCCACUUACUCCUACUGGACUCUAUCUUAUAUUGUAUCUCUACAAGGGGCCCAGAAACUACUCAAUCAAAAACCCCUCAGGAAAAUGAUUCCAGUGGAUGAAUAUCUACCAAUCAUGUUUAAUCAACAUCCAAGGGAGGAGUGGAUGGCCAACUUUUCUCCCCGUGAUUUAGUAACACUCUCAGCUGAGCCCUUGUUAGUAGAGCCAACUCACUACACAGGGGAACCUAAUUAUAUCUCAGAUACCGAGGACUCGUUCGUUGUUCAUCCUCAGGAGGACGUGAAUCAAUCAGAUAAAGCAUCAAAGGAAGAAUUGUGAUAAUUAAUUAGAAAGAUCUGUGUACUUUAAGUGUUCUAUUGUUGAUACAAGUGAGUGUAUUCAAUAUCAUGUUUACAGUUUCUAGUCAUCGUUUUUACGAGUCUCAAAUUCGUUCAUGAAUGUUUUUUUUUUUGAAAUUGUCUUUCAUUUCUACAAUAGCAAUAAUUACAAUUGAAAGUGAUAUUUCUGUCCAAAAUAUCAUUUUCAAAAAAAUUCCAUUUGAUUUUUAAGUUGGAGACUUCUUCAGUCCCUUAAAAUGCUCAUGUAUGAAUAGCAAUAUUUAAAUGAGGUUACAUUUACAGCCCUCUAUAACCUUCUCAUGUAGUUUGUACAAAGUAGUAUUUAUAUCAUUAAUUGUAAUAAUCUGCAAAACUGAUGUCUCCUUUAAAUCAAAUUAUUCACAUGUAUAAUGUGUAAUUUUCCACAUAGCAAAUAUAAACUUGUACAAAUUUAUAAAUCAUUUGAAAACUAUGAGUAUUGAAUGAUGCAGAUGGCAUAGGACCAUCCUUAGAUUUAUUGGAUAUGUUUUAUUGCAAUGAGAUUCUCAAAAUACAUUAUUAGAAAUGUUAUCAAUUUUUUGUCUUCCAAAGAUUAGUGUUUUAUCUGUAUAAACCUGUUUUGAAUAGUUACAAACAUAACAUUUUCUUCAUUGGUCCAUGUGUUUUACUGUAGAUGAAUAUGUGUAUUGUAAUUUUUAGUGGAAAUCCAAAAUGAAUGUUUUUGUCUUCUCUGAAUGUUCCAAGUUUUUUGUAUGAAGUCUUUGUAAUGUGUGAGAAGAUAUGCAAAAUACAAGGCAUUUAUAUAUACAACUAUGGUGUUACAUAUUUUUAUAAACCAAAUAUACGCAGGGCUUUCAAUACAUUGUUUUAGUGGCAUAUUUAACACCUACUUAACAUGUCAUGUUUAUUACUUUUGAUAUAAAUGUGUUAUCUCUUAUACAAAGAAGAUCUGCAUUCUUAAUAAAAAAGGAGAGGAAAUAUGAA